CCCCCCGUCGUCCAAAACAGCCAAAAAAGCAAGAACCAAUCAGCUACGACAUCAAUAUCCCCUACGUCGAUUACCCCCAAUACCUCCCCCUCUUGGGACCCAAUCUGGUUCGAACCCCUCCAACCCUUCGAAUAUGAAGACCCAGCCUUGCGCGUCCGCAACAAAUCAAAACCAAACCUGUUGCCCCCAACCGCAAAAGUCUCCCACAUCCAGCCAAGCCUAGGAACAAUCGUCGAGAACGUCCAGCUCUCAGACCUCUCCGCCGCAGGAAGAGAUGAACUCGCCCUCCUCAUCUCAGAGCGCAAGGUCGUCGCCUUCCCAGACCAGGACCUCAUCGAUGCAGGCCCAGACGCCCAGGAAUCUUUCAUGCGUCACUUCGGUAAACCAAACUACCAGCCCGUCUCAGGCUCAAUGACAGAUCAUCCUGCUUUCCAUAUCAUCCACCGUGACGGAAACAGAGAUGAGAUCGCCCGUUUCCUGCAGCAGCGUACCACAACCACCCUCUGGCACCAGGAUGUCAGCUACGAGAUCCAGCCUCCCGGCUAUGUCAUGCUCGGGCUCCUGCAGGGCCCGGAGGUCGGCGGUGAUACCGUAUUCGCUGCUACAGACUUGGCCUAUAAGCGGCUCUCGCCGGCUGUCACGGCUUUCUUGGAUGGAUUGAAGGUUACGCAUUCGUCGGCUAAGAUGAUUGCCCAUGCCCGCAUGACCGGUGGCUUGGAUCCCGUUGAUACGGUUCACCCGCUUAUCCGGGUGCAUCCCGUUACCGGGGAGAAGUGUAUGUUUUUGAAUGGGGAGUUUAUUACGAGGAUUGAUGGUCUCAAGGAUUCUGAGACUAAGUGGGUGUUGGAUUUCCUCAUGAAUCAUCUGGUUACCGGUCAUGAUUUCCAGGUCCGUGUGCGCUGGCAACCGAGGACAAUUGUGAUGUUUGAUAAUCGGUCGACUAUUCACUCUGCCAUUGUUGAUUACUUGGAUGAUGAUUACGGUGCUAAGGCUCGUCACAUCUUCCGCUUGAUUGCUCUGGGUGAGAAGCCCAUUCCUGUGUAUGAGGAAGAGGAUGAGGAGGAUGAACAGUUCGAAUAG